CUCUGGCUGGGGAUCCUUCGAUGCAGAUUCUCAAUGUUGGGAUUCACGGCUGCCCUGACCGGACAUGUUCUCCCCCUCUUCAUCUGAUUUAAACUGACCCCUCUCUGCUGUGGAUUGUUUCACAGUUAGUGUAUAGAACAACUUAUCCACAGCUAGAACAUUUUGGAAUCUGUGACUAGUCGCUGAUGAUGUAGUAAAUCUAACGUCGUUUGAGAUUUUCCGUUGUUGCGAUGGCCACUGCCACCUCUCCAGAGAAUCACCAGCCGCUCCUUCAGCUCCAAGAGGUGGACUCCAGCCGGGUUGCCAGUCGCAUCCUGUCCCCAGUCCUCAGCUCCUCCCCCGGUCUGUCCCACGAAUCCAACCAGCCCAUCUGCAUCCCCGCUCCGUACACCGACCUCGGCCACGACUUCUCCCCUAUUCCUUUUUACAGCCCGACCAUCUUCAGCUACGCCGGCCCCAGCAUUUCGGAGCGCCCCUCGGUGCGCCAGUCGUUGAGCGCCUCUUUAUUUUGGCCCGGUCACGGACACGUCGGGGGUUCCAUACCCCUGCACCGCUCCCAGACCCGAGCCCAGCAGCACAGCCAGCCAGUUCAGAGUCCGUGGGACAGCGUUUUAACAAGCAGUAAGAGCGCGAGGAGGAUCUCCCUGGAGAACGAGGAGGCCGUGGUGUCGUCAGGCGGGAAGGCAGACCUCCACUACUGCGCCGUGUGUCACGACUACGCCUCGGGGUAUCACUACGGGGUGUGGUCCUGCGAGGGCUGCAAGGCGUUCUUCAAGAGGAGCAUCCAAGGACACAACGACUACAUCUGCCCGGCAACUAAUCAAUGCACCAUCGACAAAAACCGCCGCAAGAGCUGCCAGGCUUGCCGCCUUCGCAAGUGCUACGAAGUUGGCAUGACUAAAUGUGGUAUUCGCAAAGAGCGUGGAAACUAUCGGAGCCCGCUGGUGAAGCGAGCGACCCGUCUGUCCUCGCAGGGCAGAAUAAACAGACCAAAGAUGUUGACUGGACCAGCGGAGAGUUUAUUAAACGAGCCUUCCCCACCUGCGAUGCCCCCGGAGCAGCUGAUCCAGCGAAUAAUGGAGGCGGAGCCACCGGAGAUCUACCUCAUGAAGGGCAUGAAGAGGCCGCUGACGGAGGCAGACGUGAUGAUGUCACUCACCAAUCUGGCUGAUAAGGAGCUGGUUCACAUGAUCAGCUGGGCCAAGAAGAUCCCAGGGUUCAUGGAGCUCAGUCUCCUGGAUCAGGUGCAUCUGCUGGAGUGCUGCUGGCUGGAGGUGCUGAUGAUGGGACUGAUGUGGAGGUCCGUGGACCAUCCGGGGAAGCUCAUCUUCUCUCCUGACCUCAGCCUCAGCAGAGAGGAGGGGAGCUGCGUCCAGGGCUUCGUGGAGAUCUUUGACAUGCUGAUAGCUGCAACGUCCCGCGUGAGAGAGCUCAAACUGAAGAGGGAGGAAUACGUCUGCCUCAAGGCCAUGAUCCUCCUCAACUCCAACAUGUGCCUCAGCUCCUCCGAGGGCAGCGAGGAGCUUCAGAGUCGCUCCAAACUGCUGCGUCUGCUGGACGCCGUCACGGACGCCCUGGUGUGGGCCAUCGCCAAGAGCGGCCUGACCUUCCGCCAGCAGUACACCCGCCUCGCGCACCUGCUCAUGCUGCUCUCGCACAUCCGCCAUGUCAGCAACAAAGGCAUGGACCACCUGCACUGCAUGAAGAUGAAGAACGUGGUGCCUUUGUACGACCUGCUGCUGGAGAUGCUGGACGCCCACAUCAUGCACAGCUCCCGCCUGCCCCGCCGCCCCGCGAAGCCGGACCCCGCGGAUCAGACGGAGAGCGCCGCCAGCGGACCCUCAAACACCUGGACUCCCAGCAGCGUUGGAGCGGAAGGUGAAGCUCAGAACUCUGAUUAGAACACGGACUUCUUGCUGCUUAAGACUGAUGAGGUGCUUU